ACCAGUAGAGGAAGUCUAAGCUUACAUUUCCGUUCCAGUGCAACGCCUAGUAGAACUGUUUCCUGCAAUUUAACAAAUUUAAAUAUUUUACGUUGGCUGCUUGAAUAUGAAAAAUAAUAGAUGUUAUUCGUAAAAGUAUGCUGUCUUCAUUUCUAAUGAUUCUAUUCUUUGUAAAUAUUAAAACUGCCGUUCGCUCAUGUGCUCCUUCAGAAUUCUUUGUGGAGGGUCAGUGUUGCCCCAUGUGCAGUCCAGGCUCUUCUGUAUUCAGGGCAUGCACACAGGACAGCAGUACAAGCUGCAUACCGUGUACACGCGGUACCUAUACUGAAGAACCCAAUGGAUUACUUAAAUGCUUUACCUGCAAAAACUGCGAUCAAGCUUUGGGCCUCGCUGUUCUUCAUCAAUGUCAACUUAAUAAAAACACCAUUUGUGGUCCUUUGAAUGGAUAUUUCUGUUCUGGAAAAGCAAGGGGUGGUGGCUGUGAUCAGGGUCAAAAACAUACAGUCUGUAGAGCUGGAGAGAGAGUCAAGUCACAAGGGACUGCUGAAUCUGAUACAAGAUGUGAGGACUGCCCCGAAGGAACAUUCUCAACAAAAGACAUGUCAUUAAACUGCACCGCAUGGACAGAUUGUGAAUUAAAUGACAAAGUGAAGUAUCCAGAGGGGAGUUCAACAGCAGAUGUGCAGUGUCAGGAGAAGACGCCCGUUGGAUUAACAGCUGGAUUAAUAGUUGGAUUUUUAUGUGUUUGUCUUGUUGCUGGAGUCGUCAUCUAUUUGAAGAUUAAAGGUACAUUUCUAAAUAAGCAUUGCUUUGAAACACAAGCUUUACCAAUAGAAGAAACAAACCCCCCAGCACAGAAUGAGCAAUCAAAUAAUGCAAACCACAGGUCAGAAGACAAUUCUGACACACUGUUGUCUGCUUCCACCUCUGAUGGUGCAGUGGUUUUGGAGGGCAGACGUGACCCAGAGAACAGCACAGGGUUGGCUCUUAUGGUUGGCGCGUCCCCGUCGCGGAGCUGGACUCAUCUGGAAAGGCCUACAGAGAUUUUGAGUUUCCAGUGAUGAGACAAAGACCAACCAACUAAAAUGUCCCGAGUACCUCCUCAACCUGCUGACCUGAUAUGUGCCUGCCUGCAAGCUGAGGUCCUCUGACUCUGGCCUGCUUGUUAUCCCCAAGUAAAAAUGCACCACACUUGGAGAACGCUUGUUUAGCUUCAUCGCUCCGACUCUCAAGACCCACCUGUUCUCUCUUGCUUUCCAUGCUGUUUAGCCUGAUAUGUGCUAUUAGUUGCUGCUACUAGGUCAUGUAUUAUGCACUUUCCACUGUAUAUCAUGUAUUAUGCGUUUCUCUGUAUUUGAAGUAUUAUGGGUUUUCUUCUGGUUACUGCAUCUUGUAAAGUGCUAUGUGAUGGUGGCCUAUAAAAUAAAGAUUGAUUGAACUGUAAA